CACUUCCGUUUCGAAUCUGUUGCCGAAUAAUCAUACCAGAAAGCCGGCCAUUAUUUGGUGAAGCUGCUUUAGCUGCGUGUGUUUUCUGCAAGAAACCGCCUUUGCCGCAUUGCAUCUCGCCGCUUCAACGGUCGUUCGGAUCAACGCUAGUGUUCUCAUCUUCCGGUAAUCUCAAAACCAGCCGAAUUUCGCAAUGGGUGACGAUAAGAAGCCAACAGACCCUGAAAGCUUGAACUUGAAAGUUCUGGGCCAGGACAACACUGUAGUUCAAUUCAAAAUCAAGAAGCACACCCCACUUAGGAAGCUCAUGAGCGCAUAUUGCGAACGUGCCGGUCUCAGUAUGAAUGUGGUGAGAUUCCGCUUUGAUGGCAACCCGAUUAACGAAAUGGAUACGCCGACUUCUCUAGAGAUGCAGGAGGGUGACACCAUCGAGGUCUAUCAGGCGCAGACCGGCGGAUACUAAUUUUUAAGUGUUAUUUUAAUUCCAACACACAUCACCCUGGCGCCGCCAUUACCACCAUUUUUUGUGUCCUCAUUGUCUGUCCGUUUUUUGGGAAAUCGACGGUGUUCGCGUGCGUGCGCCAGAGUUGUGUUAUUUAAUGUAUAGAUUAUAAACGAACAGUUACGUUAAGCGCAUCUCUUAAAACUAAUUUUUCAUACACGACAGUAUAUAACGCAGCAAAAUCAACCAGAAUACAGUUUACAGCAAAACAAAAUACGCGGGAAAUUUAAUGAUGUAAUUUUAUCGUGUGCGCCCGAUGGCGGGCUGGUUCUGGACCAGGAUGGAAUUCAUUUGAUUUCGGACGAUUUGUUUACGAUUUUCAAGUAUGUAGAAUUAAAAUAAACAAACAAACUUUUUGUAAUAA